AUCCUGGGCCGCAGCUGCGCCUGGAGCCUCCGGGCGGCGGGACCCACAGCCGGCCCAGUAGUGGGCGCCGGGCUGGGGCAGAGGAGGCUCUGGGAGGCCUGGCCUGGAAGCCCGGGGCCGCAGAACCCUGGACGUCCCCGGUACCGUGUGCUCAGGCGCUGCGGCACCUGGAUGACUUGCACACCUGGUGCCCUCUGCCUUCUCCCUGCACCUGCCCGUCACCCACCUCCCCGCCCGGCUGCAGGCCCAGACACUGGGCUACUCCUGAUAGCUUGAAUUGGUACUAGAUGCUUUGAGGGCGUAAGGAGACUCCUAGUGCACGGUUCCUGCCUAAGAAUUAAAUAGCCACCAUGUCGAGCAAAAAAGCAAAGACCAAGACCACCAAGAAGCGCCCUCAGCGUGCAACAUCCAAUGUGUUCGCCAUGUUUGACCAGUCCCAGAUCCAGGAGUUCAAAGAGGCCUUCAACAUGAUUGAUCAGAACCGGGAUGGCUUCAUCGACAAGGAAGACUUGCACGACAUGCUUGCUUCUCUAGGGAAGAAUCCCACUGACGCAUACCUGGACGCCAUGAUGAAUGAGGCCCCGGGCCCCAUCAAUUUCACCAUGUUCCUCACCAUGUUUGGGGAGAAGUUGAAUGGCACAGAUCCUGAAGACGUCAUCAGAAAUGCCUUCGCUUGCUUUGAUGAAGAAGCAACUGGCACCAUCCAGGAGGAUUACCUGAGAGAGCUGCUGACCACCAUGGGUGAUCGGUUUACAGAUGAGGAAGUGGAUGAGCUCUACCGAGAAGCCCCCAUUGACAAAAAGGGGAAUUUCAAUUACAUCGAGUUCACACGCAUCCUCAAACACGGGGCAAAGGACAAAGACGACUGAGAGCACUUAGCUCCACCUUUCCAUUUCUGGCGUCUCACUGUUUGGUUUCUCACACACUUCCUGCCCUCUUAGAACCUGUUGCAUGCAACAUAGCUUCACAGCUUUGCCUCCCACCCUUCUUUUGAUGUAUUUAUUCCAAGUCUUUCUGUCACUUAGGACUUGUAUAAUCAAACUGGAAAUGGGGACAAGGUUGUAAAUUGUAUUGAUAAUGAGAUGCGAAUAAAAAUCAACAAAUGUGAAAGCCCAGGAAAAUAUAUCCGUAUUUCUGGUUUUGCUGGAUUUUUACAUUUUUAUAUAAUAAAAAUACUAUUUUGAAAUAAAGGUUAUGCUGACUCAA